AUGUCUCUAUCUAACCUUAAUACCCCAGUCCCGGGCAUUCCUUACUUUACACCACAGCAUCUACACUCGCCCGGCACUCCAAAGGAGCUCUCCUCAAAGACACCCACCUUAUUCAGACCACUCCAAAUCCGCGGAGUCACUCUUCGCAACCGCAUCGUAGUUUCACCUAUGUGCCAAUACUCCGCGGCAUCAUCUGGACCUGAAAUUGGUUCUCUAACGGACUGGCAUGUUGUAACACUGGGCCAUUAUGCUAUCAAAGGAGCAGCUCUCGUUUUCGUCGAAGCUACAAGCGUUCAACCUAAUGGGAGGAUUUCGAUAAAUUGCCCUGGCUUAUGGGAUGAUGCGCAAACCAAAGGCUUGAGGCGAGUUGCCGACUUUGUCAGAUCUCAAGGUGCUCUUACAGGCAUACAGCUAGCGCAUGCUGGCCGCAAGAGUAGCACCGCCGCGCCUUGGGUAUCUACGGUCCUCGGCAGAAAGUCCAAGAGAGCUGACCGAGACAUCGGCGGUUGGCCAAACGACGUGAAGGGCCCUUGUGGUGGCGACAGCCAGACUUGGGAUGGCUUUUUCGAUAGCGAGCAGAGCAGGUUCUGGCCUCCGAAAGCCUUGACGCUGCAAGAAAUUAAAGAGGUCGUUCGAGAUUUUGCGAAAGCUGCGGAGAGGAGUAUGAGGGCUGGAGUUGACGUGAUCGAGAUCCAUGCUGCACACGGGUAUCUUCUACAUCAGUUCCUAUCGCCAAUCUCCAACCGAAGGACGGAUGAGUACGGCGGUAGUUUCGAAAACAGGACAAGACUCCUUUUCGAAGUCAUAGAAGCUGUCAGGGAUGUUAUCCCAUCAAGUAUGCCGCUCUUCCUUCGCAUGUCAGCAACCGAAUUUCUAGAAGACACCGAUUUAGGUAAGGAACUGGGUUCGUGGGAUGUUGAAUCGACGAUCGAGGUAGCAAGACAACUUCCUGCUCUGGGCGUUGACCUACUGGAUGUUAGCAGCGGCGGAAACAAUCCCGGCCAACGUAUUGAUGGGGUUAACACCAAGAACUGCCACGUCAAUAUCGCCGGGCGUAUACGAAACGCCGUGAAUUCUGAUGGUUUAAACCUUUUAAUCGGUGCUGUUGGCCUAAUUACCGAAGCAGAACAGGCAAGAGAUAUUGUCGAGAGUCCUGACACUAGUGUGCAGCUUAACAGGGCUAUUGAUGAGGAGGCUAGGACGGCGAAAGAGAUGACCAGCGCAAAGGACGGCAAAGUGCCUAUGGCCGAUGUUAUUUUGGUCGGAAGGCAGUUCCUUAGGGAAUCGGAUUGGGUGUUCAAGGUUGCGUGGAAGUUAGGCCUAGAUGUAUGGUGGCCAAAUCAGUUUAUGAGGGCUUCAUAUUCCGCGACGAUGUAA